GAUCAGACACUGACACUGACCACCAAUCGGCCCAAACCGGUGAUCCAUAAGCCCUCCGAAGUGAUGGUAAGGGUGUGGGCGUCGAGUGUGAACCCCAUAGACGUGGCGAUGAGCGUCGGCUAUGGCCGAGGAGUGCUGGAUGUGCUGCAGUUGGCCACCGAUGUGGGCGUGGAUCAGAUGACUCACGACCGGUUGCCGCUAAUACUGGGCCGCGAUUUUUGCGGUGAAAUCUACCGGUGCGGACACGGCGUCCGGCACUACAGAGUCGGCCAAUGGGUGUACGGCUCGUUACCGCCCUUCUGGAGGACUGGCAGUCACUGCGAGUUCAUUGUCGCCGACGAGAGUCACUUAUGUGAAAAGCCGUCUAAUAUAUCAACCGUGGAGUCGGCGGCCAUUCCCUACGUGGGGCUGACCGCGUGGUCGGCCUUACAGACUAUCGGAGGUUUAAACGAUAGGAACUCAUAUAACAAGAGAGCGCUAGUAUUGGGCGGAACGGGAGGAGUCGGUAAUAUAGCCAUACAACUGCUGAAAUCAUGGGGCGCUCACGUGACCACCACGUGCUCGCCUGAUGCCAUGCAGUUUGUUAUGAGCCAUACCGGAGCCGAUGAGUGCGUCGACUAUACAAACGACAACGAGAUGACGGAAACCUUGAGCUCCGGGAGCUUUGACUUCGUGCUGAACGCCGCCUCAGCUGCCGCUGCCUUAGACGAGAGCAUACAGUCGGUCGCCAAAUGGAAAGCCGGCGCUAAAUACGUGACACUAACCACACCAUUGCUGGCCAACACCGACCGGUACGGCGUGUUGUUCGGUACCGGACUGUCGGCGCUGACCGCCAUUAAGCAGACGAUCGACGGGUGCAGCCAAGGCUACAGUAGCCGCUGGGCCUACUACUGGGCUAACCCGGGGGCCCUCCGGGAGAUCACUCGCGCCGUGCAAUCAAAUCAAAUCAAACCCAUUGUCGAAAGGGUUUACGCUUUCAAUGAAAUACCCGACGCUUACGGACGGGUAGCUCGCGGUCACUGCAGGGGUAAGGCUGUAGUCGAGUUGACGUAAAAUAUCGUAUCAUUUAAUAAGUUUUUUUGGUUAUCAUUAAGUCCUAA